UUGUUUUGAAAUGUGUAAAACGAAGUAAGAGGGAGUGAAAGUGAAGUAGUUCGUCUGAAAGUGAAAGUAUUUAUGUAACCGUAGCGUGUAAUGAACUUAUGGUCAUGGGGACACGGAGUUCCGAAAAAAUACGGAACUGAUACGAUUUUUGAAGCAAAUUCGUGUAUUAUCGAUCUAGUCGGCUAAGAGUCUUUCGAAAUUGUCAGCUGUCAUGAAUAGUCCAUAAAGUUAAUUCUCUGUAUGAAGUGUUCUGAAAGAUUUGACAUACAGUGAAAAUAAAUGGAUAAUAAUCAGGUAACACCUGAUGACAGUAAACAGGGUCAUGAGAUACUGCAAGCGCUAUAUGACUUCCGCGCAACAUUUGCUAAGACAUUAAGUUUUCGCGAAGGAGACUUAUUUGUUUUACACCACGGCCACACAAAGCAACGAAACUGGUGGCAGGUUGUCAAUGAGAAAGGACAAGUUGGUUAUGUCCCAUCUAAUUACGUUGCCACCAUUCAGGUGGGGCUAGAGCGAUGGCAUCAGUUUGUGGAGAACUGCUUGGCUGUGCUGAAACAGGAGCAGGCUCAGAGUGGUGGGUCACUGCCUCAUGAUCGGCAAGAGCUGUUGAAGCUGCUGACUGGCUCAGACAGUGCCUUACAACAUAAUGGGUCAACCGAUGGUCGCAUUGCUCUUCCUUUUUCACUUCAGAGUCCAAUCCCAGGGAAGGAGGUUGCAGCGAAGGUGGCAGAACAGGCGGCGACGGCUACAAUGGAGGGAGCAGUGGCAGAGGUGUUGGCUGCGACAGUGCGUGAGAUGAACUCCUUCCAGCUGCAGGAGACAUCCACAGCAGAGGAGACAGUUGUGAAAACAUUGGCAGUGGCAAUGGAGAAGGGUGAUGGUCAAUCUGUAUCUCCUGUACAUGAACAUGAACGUGUCAGACAAUCUGCCAGACGUACUACAUCAAGCCCAGUUUUGAAUGAAAAACAUGGUUCCUUGGUAGAAGUUGAUCCAAAGAUUGCUUAUCAACUUGUUGAGCAGGUGCGAGUGCAGACACAGCUAUCAUAUGAUCUGUCACGAGUGGCAGUAACGACGGUGGUUAGUGGUCUGUGCCCUCUAGUGGAAGCCACUUGCCGACCAAAGCUGCGUUCUCUGCUAGCAGCAGUGCAGGGGCCACUGUCGGCACCUCGAGCUGUACUUGCAGAAACCCAUGAUGCUUAUCGCCUUCGUGUCAUCUUCUCUGAGCUUACUUCAUGCAAGAAUGACUCUCAGCAGCGCAGCUGGUCACUGCAUGAAGAUGAAGCUGUCAUCUGUGAUUAUCUUGAUGAGCUCAUCAACAUAUUGAAAAAUGCAGAUGUUGCAGUGUCACAGCUCAUGCUCUCUGCUGACCGCUAUCAGAGUGUAUUGACUUUGGUAGAGUUCUGCCAAAUGGAAGUGCGUUGGUCGAUCAGACAACGGCUGCUGCGUGCCUUUGGUCUUGUCUGUGGACUGGAUGCAGGGGCUCUCUCACUCAUACUUAACUCUGUUCUGCCUUCUGAAUUGGCCAGGUACAUGAAGAGCAGUUCUUACAAUGUUCCCUGCCUGACACUCUGUGCUGUACUCCUGUCUAUGCUUUUCUCCAUGGGUGAAGCCAUGCCUGUUACACAUCUUGAACACUUGGGUCAGGAAUUUGUGCUGUUUCUGUCGAAUAUUGUGGAGAACCCUCCAGAAACAGAUGUUGAGGAAAAACUACCUGACUUGAUGGUGAAUGUUCUGUUGUCUUACAAUCUCCAGUUCUCCAGCUCAAAUGAAAACAUUCUGCUAAAGGCACUUUCAGAGCUUCCUGUUGCAAAGACUUUUACAGAGAAGAUUCUCUUUCUACUUAAUAGGGAAGAGGACCCUGUACGCGUAUUUGAACAUCAGCCAGCUCCUCCACACUCAGUACUUAAGUUGUUUAAAGAUCUUUUCAGUCUGGAAGUGACAGCAGCACUUUUUUACACAAAUGAUGUUAAAGUUCUGAUUGAUAUAAUUGUACGGCAGUUGGCAGAUCUUUCACCUGGUGAAAAGCGUCGCCACCAAUAUUUGCAACUAUGUAGACUUGUGAUGCGGAAUACAGCGUAUGAACAACACCACCACCGACUGGAUGACAUUCGUAAAUGCUUUACUCGCAUCUUUUGUGAAGAGUCAGAUCUGAGCUGUGAUGACCAACAACUUGUGAGAGACAUCUCCAAUGAAUUUCCCCAGUAUUUUAAGGCGUAAUGUAUACUCUUUUUAAACAAACAUCAUUUCUGCAAGUUGUGCCAAAUAUGCAUAAUUAAUUGCUGGUAUUUACAUUUUUCACAAUGAAAGUAGCUAGUUAUACAUCAGCUGUGACAGGGGCAGCUCAGUAGGAUGGGCUUUGGCACAUUUUAAAAUAUUUGAUUCUGUCCAUGUCUUCCAUUACAAUCUAAAAAUAGUAUGCAUUAUUCUAUUUCAAUUCAGAAGAAGACUAUUGCAGUAUCCUUAAUUGCACAGUUUAGUGUGUAAUUAUAGAAAGACUAUUUGAAACUAUAGAUCUAAAUAUUUUUUGUGUGCCUUCAGUCUGAUAUUUGUGAUUCCGAAUCACAUAUAUUGGUAAAAAGUAUUUUAUAGAUACUUAAAUCUAUGUCGCUGCCAGGUAGUCAUAUUAUUGUCUGUGAUCCAAUAUCUUUGAGGUACAAAUGAAGGUCUUAGUAACCUUUUCAGCACUAGAUAGCAAUCAAUCUGUUUUUAAUAAUUAAUUCUUUUGUCUCUGAUAUGCAAGCUAUUUAUAAAAACCUAAAUUUUGUCCUUUAUUGUAUUUGAAACUGUGAAUGAAUAUGCAAACAUUGUGAACUUAUAAGAAUGAAUAUCUAAAUGUUAUGUUUUAAUUGCUCAUUUCGAGGAAUUGUUUCAUUGGGUAGAUACCUUUGUGAUGCUCAUUAUUUUCCUGCUUGAUACCAAAAUGGUGCUGAAGAAUGUCUGUCCCACAUGGCUGUGGAAAAUUUCCAUAAAAUAACUGCAUUUGAAUAGGUCCUAGAUGUUUAAGUGUACUUCAUGGCAACACAUUUUUUGAACAAUUAUUUGACUUUUACAUAAUAGAUAAGUAGAAGAUGGUUUUUUCAUAUAUAUAAAGUAAAUUUGAGCCCAAAGAAUUUAAAUCAGACACACACCUGCAGAAUGCUAUGUAUGAAAUUUUUUAGAACUUUUAUGAGGAAUUUAUUUAUUUAAUUUCUAGUCUUUGUAACAAAGUUAAUGAAUAAAUAAUUGUUUUGAAAA